CUGAAUAUGCUCGUAAGUUCCUGAAGUUGGGUCGAUAUUCUCCUGAGAGCAUGAUGGACGAAGGCAGGAAGGCUAGAAGGUUCGAGUGGGGUCUUCGUCCUGAGAUCAGACAGCAGUUGUUUGUGUUCGAGCUCAACACUUAUUCGGCUGUUCUGGCUAAGGCACAGUUAGCGGAGAUGAGCCUUCGCAUUUUCCCUCUAGCAACAGGGAACCUCAGGCCCUCAGCUCCACACCGUAGAUCAGCACCUAUUGCACCUGUUCAACAGAACAAGAAACCCAGGUCAAUGAUUCAGGCUCCCCCUCAGGUUCCAGCAGCAGGACGUGGCAAGAUCUGUCAGUAUUGUGGCAAGUAUCAUGGAGACCGACCCUGCUAUCUCCUCAAUAACACUUGCCGCAUAUGUGGUAGCGCCCAACAUUAUGCAAGGGAGUGCCCGAGGAACCAGAAUCAGGCCAGACCUUCUAUUCAGGACGGGGCUUACAAUAUCACUCAGUAGGAUGCAGAAGCCAACCCGGACGUGGUACAAGGAUAACUAUAGUUCUCAUCAUCUUCCUGUGAAAUUCACAAACAUGCUCAAAAUCCUCCUGUUCCGGUGAGACAGUUUUUGAUUCAAUAACUCUUUUUCUCUAACAUUUCCUGCCAUUUUCCCAAGAAAAUCCAAUGGCAACAAGGCUUGCCCUAUCUCUCAGAUCUCAAUUGGUCAGAACCCUGCACCCCAACCCAGGUAUCCUCUCCAACAUAAAAUCUUCUCCAUUGAUCUUCUCACAAAUUUCCCACCUUCCUCCAGAUCCUAUAAAAAACUCCGCAUUAACACUACUUCGGUCCUUUUCUAUUGCCCGGCGCCACCCAACUAGGCCAAAACGUAUAGACAUUGGGGCUCGGGCCCGCCAACUUCAGACCCGCCAUCUCUGGACGUACGCAUUGACUUUCAGUUUUAUUGCUGGUUUUGUGGUGAUCGUGCUCAAUCAAUUUCAAGACCAACUGGUAUUCUAUGUGACCCCAACUGAUGCCCUUGAGAAAUACAAGGCAAACCCAACAAAGACCAAGUUCAGGCUUGGUGGAUUGGUCCUUGAAGGCAGUGUAGCACAGCCUGCAUCAUCUCCGGAGAUGGAGUUUGUGAUCACUGACUUAGUCACUGAUAUCUUGGUAAGGUACCAGGGGUCCUUGCCCGAUCUAUUCAGGGAGGGCCAUUCCGUGGUGGUUGAAGGGUUUGUAAAACCAUUCACAAACGAAAUAAAGAAUGGAGCCUCGAGGAAGAGCGUUUCUGGCAAGGCAAGGAGUGGAGAUUGCUAUUUCUCUGCAACAGAGGUUCUUGCUAAGCAUGAUGAAAAAUAUAUGCCUCAAGAGGUAGCAGCAGCAAUUGAGAAGAACAAGAAGUUGAUUCAGGGGAGCGAGGAAGGACAAGGAGCAAAGGAAUCACCAUAGACUGAUGGGUAUAGUUUAUUUCUUCUGAGAUUCCACCAACUUUCGGGUAAAUGGGUAACUUGAUUCUUGCUAUUAGAUAUCUGACUAGAAGAGUAAAUGGAUUAUAAGUCAGAUUGGUCUGGGUGAUAUGUAGAUAGAGAAGUUCUUAUAGUAGCGGUUAAUUGCUUGAGCCAUUUGAUUCAUAUCUAUUCUUGUUGGAAAGCCACUUGAGUGGUUAUAUAAUUGUGUACUUGCUACUAUACAUUCUUUACUUGACAAAUGUGUCAUUAUUUAUUUAGCCACUGUCCUGCUCAGGACAUGCUUGAGUUAAAAAAUGACUAUUGAAUAGUUAUUCAAUAGUUCGGGAUUGGUUUCAUAGUUGUUGAGAUGAAAGUAUAUGGUUCUGGACAUUAAUUUCCUCAUAUACCAUACUUUCUCUCGUUGUUUCACCCGAUAAUAAGCCCUGUAAUAUAUAAAAAAAAAAAAA